AUAUCUUUCAUCUCUUGUUUCGACCAGAACUCGAACAAUUUUUCCUCUUCUUCUUCCUCCUCCUCGAACGCCAAUGGCAAAACAAACAAAAACAAUGGCCGACGGACAGUACUGCUAGCGGCUGGCGGAGGCGCAGCGGCCGCGGGUUUGCUGGCGGUUGGAGACGAUGUCAAAUAUACAUACGAAGCGGUAGAGAGGACGGGGAGGGUGGCGAGCACGUUGGCGAUAUGCGUGAACGAUUAUCGGGUGACGUUGAACGCAAGGGAGAAGAUUGAGGACCCGGAGGAGAAGCAGCGGUUGCUGAGGGAGUGUCAUCAGCGGUGUGCGGAUCGGACGUUGGAGGUGCUGGAGAAGAGUGGUGGAAUUUUUAUCAAGUUGGGGCAGCAUUUGAGCGCAAUGAACUACCUCCUCCCCCCCGAAUGGACAACAACCUUCAUCCCUCUCCAAGACAAAUGCCCCGUCUCCUCCUUCGAGUCGAUCGAGCGCAUGUUCCUCGAAGACACCGGCACCUCGCUAUGGGACUACUUUUCCGAAUUCUCUCGCGAGCCCAUCGGCGCCGCCUCGCUGGCCCAAGUCCAUCUAGCCACCAUCAAAGAAACCGGCCAGCGCGUCGCCGUCAAAGUCCAACACCCGUCCCUCCAGCGCUGGGCGCCCCUGGACAUGCGUCUGACGUCGACCACCUUCAAGACGCUCAAGUACUUCUUCCCCGAAUAUGACCUCGAAUGGCUCUCGUCCGAAGUCGAGAUCUCCCUGCCAAAGGAACUCGAUUUCACCUGCGAAGCCGAAAACGCCCGCCGCACCUCCCGCUACUUCGCCGAAUUCGCUCCCUCCUUGCCUUUAGUCAUCCCCGACGUUCUCUGGGCCAAGAAGCGUCUGCUGGUCAUGGCGUGCGAAUCAGGCCACCGCCUCGACGAUCUGGCGUACAUGGACGCCCACGGCAUCGACCGGGACGAAGUCUCUGCCACGCUGGCACGCAUUUUCAACGAGAUGAUCUUUGGCGAGGGCGCGCCCCUCCAUUGCGAUCCGCACGGGGGCAACAUUGCCAUCCGCUACCAUGACAACAACAACAACAACAACAACAAGUCCAAAUCCAAAUCCAAAUCCAAAUCCAACUUUGACAUUAUUCUGUACGACCACGGCCUCUACCGCGAUAUCCCCCUCCCCCUGCGUCGCUCCUACGCCAAACUCUGGCUGGCCAUCAUCGACGGGGACAUCCCCAAGAUGAAACGCUACGUGUACGAAGUCGCCGGCAUCGGGGAAGACAAGUUCCCUCUUUUUGCUAGUGCCAUCACCGGCCGCGACUUUAUCAAUGUCGUCUCCGCCACCGACAGCGGAGGCGUCCUGAAACCCAAAGAGGCAUCGGAACAAAAGUCCAUGUCCACGGCACUGCAGGAGGGGCUGAUUGUGGAUUUGGUGCAGAUGUUGGGGCAAGUGCCGAGGAUUAUCUUGUUGAUUCUCAAGACGAAUGAUUUGACGAGGGCGCUGGAUGAGAGUCUGCAUACCAAGCAAGGGCCGGUGAGGCAGUUUUUGAUUUUGGCAAGGUAUUGUAUGCGUACGGUGUUCUACGAACAACUGGAGGAGAUUAGGGGGCUGGGAAGUAUUUGGCGCCCGGCGAAUCUAGUGAGGCUGGUGGGCGCGUGGUGGGGGAUGGCGAGGGUGGAAGUCAAAUUGGAGGUGUUUGAGUUGUGGUUGAGGGUCAAGAGGGCUUUGGGGCUUGGGUCGGGGUUCGGGAUGGGGAUGGGGAUGGGAGAGGAGGCACAACAACAGGUGGUGCCGGUGGGGAAGAAGGGGCAGAAGAGGUUGGAGAGGGAGGUUGAGGCUGCUGCUGCUGUUUCUGUUGCUGCUGCUGCGGCUGCGUAG